AUGGCUGCUGAGUUAGCAAAUAAGCAGAAGAUUAUUCAUUUGAAUUCCACUCCCACUUAAUAUUGUGAUCUUGCUAAUAACAACAAUCCUGGUCCUUUUAAGAAAGUAAAUAAUUCUUUAAUAAAAGCUUUACCAAUUUGCAAAGAUAAAAAUCCCACGUGGCAAGGAGACAAAGAUAGGUUUAUUGCACCAGACAACUAUGGAAAUAGGUCAGAUACAUGUUUUCUGGAAAUUCUUGAUGGCUGUCACAGUGUGACAGCUGCAGAAACAGUUGUAGCAGAGCUUCCACUUUUAUUUGUUGAUCAGCUUUCUCAAAUAGGUUCCUCCUACAAAAAUAAGAAGGACAAAGUGCAGAUUGUAGGGUUUUUUUCCACAGUAAUUAAGGCAGAUUACAAGGAAAAAGAGGAGAUAUUCUCUGACAAGCCAGGCAAUGAGGAGACCAAGAUGAUGACCAGUCCUUACAAAUGGAUUCACAAAGAAUCCAAGUCCUUUAGGAGAAUGCAGAGAUUUUUACAACUGGGAAGAAAUCAGGUUUCCAAAGCUCACUGGAGUGGCUGUUCAGUGGUUACCUGUUUGGUGGAAAGCAUUCCCAGCAAAGAGACAGAUGGCACUGAGGUAGAAGAAAGAAAACAUUGUGAAAAUAACACACAUAGUCCAUUAGGCAGAAGGGCCAAAGGUGUUCCUGGACCACUUCAUAUUUCAGUUUUAGAUGAUGUAUAUGCAGUCUUAUGUAAAAAUGGAAGGAGUCACUGCCUCUCAAAAGAGCACAGCACUCAUGAGAGAACACUUCAGAACGGUGGAAACACCAGCACUAAUACACCAGAUGGAUUAGUAGAGGGAUACCUGAGAACUACAAGGGUUCCUGGACAUCACAGAGAUGCAACAAAAAGAACAUCUGUUAUACCUGUAACUCAUAUCUGUACCUAUCAGUUUCUUAUUUUGGCUUCUAAAGGGUUUUGGGAGGUUUUGUAUUACAAUGAAGUACUGGCACCACCUCUAACAACAUCCACUCCUUAUUUGAGAAUGCAUGAAUGGUGUUCAACGAAACAGGACUUCUCUGUGUGUCAGUAUUCAAUGUCCCUCACUGAAGACAACCUAAAUGACUCAAAUGCUAUUAAUAAUCUGCAAGAUGGAAUACAGAUAUUGUAUUCCAAUAAAGAUAUUUUCCACAGUGACUCAAAGAAAAACAUGCCAGCUAAUUGUGACUCAAGCCCACAGCUGGCAGAAAAAAUGGACUUCAAUGUAUUUUGUGACAAACCUUUGAAAAAGACAAAAAUGCACCCAUCCAAUUGCAAAUCAUCAGCUGCAGGAAGAGGCACAGACAGCUCUGAGACCUACAACAAUGCAACAAGCUACGUUAGGGAAAAACUGGCAAAAACUGCAUUAGCUUCAGGUUCAAGAGAUAAUAUUACUGUUUUGAUUGUAUUUCUAUAUGGAUGUGAUAAGAUACCCAAUUACCUCAACAUUUAAAAAUAGCUGAAGUGCCAGAGUAUAUAUAAGACAGGCUUAUAUUUAGCUGUGUCAUGAAUUUACUUGUAAUCAUCUUAAAUGCUGACCCAUUCAGUAAAUCAGACAUCAUGUCUGGAACUGCCAU